GUGCGGUAUGAGUGAACUCACAUUCCACAUCCACUGCCCUGUUCAACCUCACUUUGAACCAGGACAUGUGACUCCUCGUUCAGUCUUGCUUGAAUUAAACUAAAGCGGUUAGGAUUGUGAAAAGCCCGAGAUGUGACUUCUCGCACAGCGUCUGUCUUUUACUUUGUCCUGGCGAGAGAGCGUCUGUAUCCGCAGUAGCUGAACUGCGUUGAAACGGUUAGAGACGCCACCUUCUUUAACGGUGUAGCGGCUGCGUUUUGUAAACUCUUGUCUGAUUGGUCCGCUCAAAUACAACGCCGCCUGGGAUUGGCUUAGAUUGUCCUGUUGACCGAAGGUGGACUCCCCGAGAGUUGGAACGCUGGGAGCAAAAAUUCCAGCCACAAAACUACACCAUGCGCCUACGUUUGGAAUAAUCACCGGGAAGCCGUUUGUAAUCAAACUUUAUUCAAUUAUGAAAAGGGCUGACCAUCUUGGAGCUCACACGCUAUGAUUUUACUUUCUCUACUCGCGUUUGUGGACAACCGCCGCUGCUGUUGCCCGCCUGUAAUGACUCUUAACUACUCAGAUGGACUAAGAAAUCAAGCAAGAAUGGAGGUGUAAAUUGGAAAGAGUAGAACAUCUUUUUAUUGCAUCCUGCUGGAGCUACCUUUUCGAUGUGGGCGUUCACGGAUAACAGGAUUUUAAGUCGAGCUGAAUGAUGGCAUCACGUUGGGUUCAUUCUUGUGAAGAUGAUGAGAGACAACAAGCAAGAUCUUCUUUCUGUGAGAAUGAAUCUCCAGAGUGGAGAAGCUUGGCUGACUCUCCUGCAGCCCAGUACCCAACAGAGGAGGAGUUCUCAUGGCCGAGACCCAAAACCGUGCUUUUGCGUCGAACUUCCCAAGGGUUUGGUUUUACUCUGCGCCACUUCAUUGUAUACCCACCAGAGUCAACCAUGCACUGCUUUCCGGAAGAAGAUCAUGGACGCAGAGGGAGACAACGGAAUCGGCUAGAACCCAUGGACACCAUUUUUGUGAAACAAGUGAAGGAAGGUGGCCCCGCUCACGGAGCUGGCCUUUGCACAGGUGAUCGACUAGUGAAGGUGAAUGGAGCGAGCAUCAUUGGGAAAGCCUACUGUGAAGUAAUAUCUUUGAUACAAGACAGUGGUGACUUUCUUGAACUUUGUGUAAUGCCAAAAGAUGAAGAUAUACUGCAGCUGGCCUACUCCCAGGAUGCUUACCUCCGUGGACACAGCAGCUACAGUGGAAAUGCACAUCACAUUCCUGAUCCACCCCCAGUAUGCUACCCCAGAGUAGACUGUAAGCCUACGGGCAUGGCCCAGGCAACAGACUCAACAGAGCAGGUCUGUCGAGGGCCAACCGCACCCCCUGACCAUGGGUACCGCAAGGAGAUCACCGUGCCCCCUUCACCUCCUCCUCCUAAAUCGUAUCCAAAAAGCCAGAUGGCGGUGUGCAUGCGCAAUGACAGUGUAAGGACUGUGGUGGUUCCUCCUGAUACAGCCCAUAUGGGGCGCAUGGGUCCAGCACAUAGGAUAGAUUAUGUGGACCCUGUCUUUGUCAGGAGAAGGCCUGGGUCACUGGCCCAGUAUCCUCACCCUCGAAAGCCUGAGGUCUAUCCCAGUGGUCCAGGAAUGCUUCCAUAUGGAGGUCAGGCACCUCAAUACCCAGCCAACCAUCAAAAGAUUGAUUGUGGCACUUACCAAACAUAUAAGGAAUACGUUGACAACAAAGGAAUCCAUUCCCAUGGUAGUCGGACUAUCCAGGAGAGGCUGGACAAUUUGCGAGGUACUGGUCAGACUGCCUUUGGCCAUCCUCAUCACAUUCCCUGGGGAGACUGGGGACCUAAGGGGAUACGACGGAGGAGUACCUCCCAUGAACGGUCAUACCAAGGACCCCCACCACACUUUCAGAUUGCCCCACGCAGUGCUUCACAGGACCGCAUGAGUGGUGUAGAGAGAAUAAGCCAAUCCAGGAACUGGCCACCUCGAAGUGUGUCUCAAGAUGGCCUAAUCCACAAAGCCCGGGCACACUCUACAGAUUACGUUGACCCUGCAGAGUUGUCUCGGCCUUGUGAGAGGAGAGGAGGGAUCGGAAGGGCAGACCAAGGUACACGGCCCAGCAGACAGUCUGUCCCCAGACACGCUAUGCUUUACAGGCCUUCUGUUGGAUACAGCAGUGGCAUAAGGGUGGCACCCAACCCCUCUCUCUACUCUAAAGGACCAGAUUCUCUUCAGACCCACUCCUCACCCAUGCUCUCAGACAAACCUCCACAUUUUGGAAAGAGCACAAGUAGUGAACAUUCUCUUGUUGACCAAAGAGUUGCAGUCAAAGGAAACCAUGCAACCCACACUACACAACAAGGCCUGAGCAGGAUGCGGGCUGAAACCAUGCAGCCCAUAGAGGUAGGCCGAGAUGCAUCAUUGGUAGGACACAGGUCUUCUUCAUGCUCCACCCCAAAACAGAUGCAACAGAGGCCGAGCAUCCUCAAACCACCUUCCCCAGACUCCCAGAGACAGGUCAAUGGGCGAAGCCCGACAGAAACCGGGGUCGUUCUCAGAGAGAAACCCCCCGCUGGAAAGAACCCCAGCCCUCUGCGGCACCCAUCCUACAUUCUGGCUGUUACUGACGAUGGAGCAGAUCCCACAGCAGAUGUGGUAGCAUGCUGGCUUCCCAACGAUGCACGUCGAGAGAUACACAUACGCCGCCUUGGGGAACAACAUUACACCUCCUGCUCCAGCAACCUGGAUGAGUCUCUGGACUCCAUUCCAUUCAUUGAUGAGCCAAUCAGCCCCAGUGUGGACCAGGAAGCUGCUCCUAUUCCACCCUCUGCUGUGGUGUCUGUGGCACCGUCCAUAACUACAUGUCCUACUAGCCCAGGCUCAACGUGCCCUCCUAUUCGUCGUCAGCUGUCACAUGACCAAGAAUCUCUGAGAAGUGCUUUGCUGGAGUCUGAAUCAGCCAGCAAAACAGAGCGGUCCAAAUCAUACGAUGAGGGUCUGGAUAACUACCAGGAGGAGAGUAGAGGAAGAUCUUCCAGUAAGCAUAUGCCCAGUCUCAGGGGCCUGAAAAAGGCGCUGGAUGGCCACAAAUCUUCUGGGGAUUCUGGAUCUCGAAGGGAUUCUUCUUCGGAUAUCUUUGCUGAUUCUUCCAAAGAAGGGUUGCUGAAUUUUAGGCAACUUACUACAGAUAAAAACAAGCGUGUUGGUGGAGGAAUGAGAUCAUGGAAGCAGAUGUAUGCUGUUUUACAAGGACACACCCUCAGCCUCUACAGAGACAGGAAGGAUGCACUGUCUCACGCUUCCAUGCAAUCUGACGAGGAGCCGUUACGAAUCAGCAUCAAGGCCUGUCUGAUUGACAUCUCCUAUAGCGACACAAGACGCAAGAACGUGCUGCGCCUCACCACCUCAGACUGCGAAUAUUUGUUCCAGGCCGAAGGGAGGGAUGACAUGCUGACUUGGAUCCGAGUCAUUCAGGAUAACAGCAACCCAGAUGAGGAGAAUGCUGCUGUAACAAGUCAGGACUUGAUCAGUCGAAAGAUCAAAGAAUACAACAUGAUGAGUGCACCCAGUAGCAGGUCUGAACCAUCCCCCAAAACCACCCGUCAGUCCCUGAGCAUCAAACAGGCCUUCCUGGGUAAGACAGACAGCAGGACCCACAGUCCUCAUUCACCCAAAGCAGGAGAGGAGCGAAGGGCUCUGAAAGAUGACUCCAGUCCACCACGGGACAGAGCUGCUUGGAAAAUUGGUAUUGCAGGUAUCAUGAGGAAGCCCUUUGAAAAAAAGACUCCAGCUGGGGUCACGUUUGGGGUGCGGCUUGAUGACUGUCCACCUGCACAGAUUAGCCGGUUUGUUCCUCUGAUCGUGGAGGUGUGCUGUAAGGUGGUGGAAGAGAGAGGCCUGGAGUACACAGGAAUCUACAGGGUACCCGGGAACAAUGCUGCCAUCUCCAGCAUGCAGGAGGAGCUCAACAGUAAAGGCAUGACUGACAUUGACAUCCAGGAAGACAAAUGGCGGGACCUCAAUGUCAUCAGUAGUUUACUGAAGUCAUUCUUCCGAAAACUUCCAGAACCUCUGUUUACAAACGAAAAGUAUGAUGAGUUUAUUGAAGCCAACAGAACAGAAGACUCAGUGGAGAGAUUAAAGGAGCUCAAGAGGCUGAUCCAUGAACUACCCGAUCAUCAUUUUGAAACUCUGAAAUUCCUUUGUGCUCACCUUAAGAGGGUUUCUGACAACUGUGAAAAGAACAAGAUGGAGCCUCGAAACCUGGCGAUCGUGUUUGGUCCUACUCUCGUCAGGACCUCUGUGGAUAACAUGGCCAACAUGGUCAAUCACAUGCCGGACCAGUGCAAGAUAGUUGAGAACCUCAUCCAGCAAUACGACUGGUUCUUCACUGACGACUGUGAUGAGGACCCUGUUACCACAGCCGAGCAAGAAAGCACAGUGCAGUCUCAGCCUGUGCCCAAUAUCGACCACCUGCUCACUAACAUUGGACGGACGUUACCUUCACCGGGCGAAGUGUCAGAUUCAGCAUGCAGUGACUCCUCCAAAUCAAAGCAGGGCUUGUGGGGGUCGGGGAAAGAUCAGUGUAGCAAAGAGAUGCUGCGCUCUUCAUUCUUCGCCAGCCGCAAGCGUAAGAAGCCCAAGGACAAAGCUCAUCCCAGCAGUUCAGAUGAUGACCUGGACUCUGUAUACCCGAAGAAGGAGCUCCCGGAGGAGAGCCAGCAGCAACCUCUGUGGUCCCCAGACAGUCGGACCGAAGAGGAGGACGGGGAGACGGAUGAAACCAGUGAGAAAGAGAAGCACAGGAACAGCUCAGAGGAACAACUUGACAAACUCAACAGGAAAGAGUCUCUCUCGUGCAGCCUGACAUCACAGCCCUCUCCUUCCCUGCCUCCAGAACAUGUUUCCUCCACCCGUCAAGCCCGUUCUCCCUACACCUCACCCUCCCAUUCCCCGAACCUCAGCUACCGCGUGCCGAUGACUCACCAGUCCUCUCUGUCAGACCCUCCCUCCAACUACGAUGACACAGUGUCUGACCUUGGCACGAUGAACAGCACCAGCUCUCAGGCGUCGGUGCCCAGAGCGAGGCGAGGCAAGACGGUGGCUCAGGGUCCAGAGGCAGGCCCCAGCGGGCUGGGAGCAGAGGUUUGCUCCAUCACCUCUGAUUACUCCACCACUUCUUCCAUGACGUUCUUAACUGGAGCCGAGCUCAGCACCCUCAGUCCUGAAGUGCAAUCGGUGGCGGAAAGCAGGGGUGGCGACGAUGCCGACGAUGAGAGAAGUGAGCUCAUCAGCGAGGGAAGACCGAUGGAGACGGACAGUGAGAGUGACCUUUCUGUGUUUACUGUUGGAAAAAAUGAUCAGCGAGACCUGCAGGAAGCUCCUCGGCCCCUCCCCUCCCACAGACUUAUUGAGUGUGAUACACUUUCCAGAAAGAAAGCCGCUCAACAGAAAACCAAUAGUGAGUCUUCACUGGACGGAGCCUGCAGCGACAAAGAUUCCAACAGGCUGUCACGUGUGGUGGGGUCAGUCAAAGGCCGCUCCACAGGCAGCCUCAGUGCAUCAUCUCGGGGUGAGCUGGACAAGGCCGAACCUACAUGGAAGCUGAAGAUCACCGACAGACUGAAGGUGCGUCUGCGAAUGUCUGUGGAUGACAUGUUUGGUGUGGGCAGCCAGAGGAGCCGGUCCCCGGAGGGCCGCACCAAGAAGAAGAACAUCAGGCGCAGACACACCAUGGGCGGUCAGAGGGACUUUGCAGAGCUGUCUGUUCUGGGAGACUGGCCAGUCGGCAUCGGUUCAGGCUCUCGGUCUGAACUGUCAGCUGUGGACCAGCUGAAGCCAAAGUGCAGUUCUCAAGACUUCUCCAUCGGGGACUGGAUUGCUCGUGAACGCCACCGCACCAGCAAUCCCGAGGUCAGCAUGGAAUUCUCUGAACAGCAAGGGGCCUUGGGCAACGCAAACUCCCAGAAUCUCAGCGCCUCGUCCUCUUCUGAACUCCGUCAUCGCCCAGCUGAGGUGUCGAACGGGGACGUCCCCCAGAGUAAAAAUCUGAGCCUUUCAGCCACCGCUCACCCACAUAAACUCACAAGUUCCCAGGUGGUCCAUUCGCGAUUCUAUCAGUACCUGUGAGAAGUGUUGGACGUGCGUGACUGUGAAUCUUCCCCAUCUGUAAGAUGUGUACGUUCUUGGGAGUCUGUGAGUAAAAUGUCUGUUGUGUGACCAAUGUCAGUGAAUGAGCAUGUUGUGAAAAAACAAUUGUCCAGAGUGUGUGUUUGUAACUGGUGUGUGUGUGUGUGCUUGUGAAAAGAGAAUUACUGCACACAGGGAUCAUUAAUUUUGCUCAUGUAGAAGGCAUGAAUUUUUAAAAAAAAGUUUUUAAUGACAAAUGACCUUGGGAUGGCUAAGCAGAAAGAAUAUCCUCCCUCCUGAAUCAAAUCCCUGUUAAUGCUGAAGAUGGAGAGGACCUGUUGCUCAUGAAACGAUGAGCCUGUGAAGUCUGUGCGAGGAAGUGUCAGCAAGGACGCUUGAGUUAAGUUUAAAGGUUUAGCUAAGUGGCUUUAAGUAUGAACUGACUUUUAGAAUGAAUAGGAAGUAGUACAAAAAAAAAAGUUCAGAUUUCUAGUAUUGCAGAGGAACUAUUUUUGUGUAAAGAAAGUUAUGAUGUUCAGAGUCAGUGAGUCUCUCAUUAACCAAAUGAAGAAUGUACAGACAUGCUUGCUGUAAUACUGACUAAAAGCUUUAGAUGCUUGUGCUUCAUUCUAAAGUGUACAUAUCCCUAUUUUUCUGUGUACUUGAAAUGAGUUUUUGGUACAGCCUGUUUGUUGACUGCCUACAAGCUCUCUGCUGUCAAAGGGGCCUUUCCUAAGGUACAAAGGCGACGAGGAGACACUGGACUUAUGCAAAAUGGAAGUAAGAGUUUUUAUUCACCCCAGAUAUGUUGAUUAAGGAGCAGUGAACAACAUCCCUCUGAUGCAAAUACUACGCUGUGUUUUACUGUUUGUGGUUCGCAUGUCUGUCAGUGACUGUCAGUAGGCUGCAAAGAGGAAGGAACAAGUUGGAAGAAAAAAAAAAUGGGUAAUGAAAUCAGAAAAUCAUUUUUCUUCACAAUAGGAAGUGCCUCACAAUGAAACGUCAAGGGUGCCAUAUUGUCUGCGUCGAGACACAUGAAGAUGUUACUGUGAAUGACAUUUUUUUUUAUUAUUAUUGUCGACUCAGUCAUUCUACAGGUAAUGUAACAAAAUGCCGAGCUUCCAUUCCUUAGGCAUUCCACUCUGGUCUUAACAUGUUUUAUACGCCCACCCCCCUCCUCCUGUUUUUCAUUUUUUGAUUUUAACAGAACUUGAAUUUUAAAUUUUCCUUGUAAAAUAAGUAAGUUAAAUGUACAUAUAAAUACCAUGUUUUAGCUGCUUUACUUUUCAUUUCCAUCAGAUCGCAGGAUUCAGUACAGUAUUGUGAGAUGAUGAGUGCUCAUGUGGCCUGUGUGGGUGUUGUGGGUAGUUUGGUACUUCUCCCCGGAGAGUGAGGGUUCCUGCAGGAGGAAACACUUCAUUGAGCUGGACCAUUUGUACCAAUGCUGUGUUCCUCUGAUUGUUAGAGGGGUGUGCACAGACUCCUGAAACACUGGAAAUAAACUUGUCAGUGGCAAAUGA